AUGAGGCUAUUACUGCUCCUAUUGGCCCUUCUUGUCUUGGUCGAACCCAUCACAGCAAAGAUCCACUUUCCCUUCAAAAAGAUGGUUUCUGAGGCCACAACAACCUCCCAUGCUACCCGUGCAAAGGGAAAUGGAGGAAUUGGCGAUUCACCGCUGAAGAAUCCCAUACCCUUGCUACAGAUACCCGAGGUGGUUCAAACGAUGCUAUCCCAAAGCAAGAAUUUCCUAUCCAGCAUUCUCUUAUACCAGCCGCCUGUGGGGAUUGUGGCAGUUUGGUCAAUCACUAGGCUCGUUCGAUCAGGAAGACUUUUUCGUCUGUAUUCGGCACCCGAAAACUCCGAACAAGCGCUAAUUAGCAAGGCAUCAAGACUGGAUUAUCACACCGGACGAGCGUUGGAUUUAGACGAUGACGAUGAACACUAUCAAAAGUUUGGUGGAGUGGAACGCGUGAGACGGAGGUUGGCAAUGAGGGCUCUAAUGACACUGGCUGAAGUGGAGGAUGGAACUUCCAACGAUGGAUCGCAGAUUGGAUUGUCGCAGCAAUUAAUUUUGAUUUCUUUGUUGCAAGUUCUCAAUGUUCAGUUUCCACCGGCUGGGUCUCAUGGGGCGCUAGUGCAGAAAAUGUCAUCUGCAUUUGCCCAAGUGGAACAAGCUAUUGUCCCCGAAUAUGGCAAGAAACGAAAGAUUACAUCUGAAAUUGACAAGCUCAUGGAAGUAGCCUACCAAACUGCCGAGGUACGGGCGUUGGAUGCCAUGUUAAGACUGGCUCGUGACCGGCUAUUACGAUCCUCCUUUCGGCUCAGUCGUACUGUUCAGCACUGGAAAAAACGAGUGGAAAGUCAAUCCUUGUUGCCCAGCAUAGUACAAGACUUCAUGAACGACUCAAAUGAAAGUGAUCGCAUGAGACUAGCCUUUGCGGAAGCAGCCUACCGCCAAGAAAUCGUUCGUCUCGGAAAGGUGGUGAGUCUGCUGACGGAACGACCGAUUGAAAUGGAUGAUUCAGUACUGUCAAAAGCUGUCAAGGUAACUCUGGAGAAGCAAGAUACUGCGCAUGUGGCCCCUUCGUGGCUGCCAAAGUUUUCGAAUUUUGCAGUUCGACUAAAUGCCGACGAAAGAGGCAAGUUUCAGUUUCAGCACUAUGAAGAAUCCAUAAAUAUUGGAGGAAAUACUGCUUUGCAGUUACUAUUGGAAGACUAUGACAUUGUACAAACUCCAUGGUUAAAGGAAGCCGACGCAUGGUCAUUAAAAGCCCGAUCCAUUCUCUGCGAUUUGGUGGAGGAUGCGCUCAAGAAGGGUCUCCAUUCGACCAUCAAAGUGGACAAGCGUCUGGAAGAGUUGCACAAGUCGUGGCGUGUGAGGGACUACACGGAGCCAUCCGAGAUUCCACUACAAUGGAAAGCCAUGUACGAAUUAGUCCGAGAAGUUCACAAGGUUCGGCGAGUUGGGGAAGGAAAGUCACUCAAGUUUCGGGAUUCGAAUUUAUUCAACCACUUUCAACAGUGGAAUUUGUUGGGGAUACCUUCCACUGUCUUCAAAAUCUUUAUAGCCCAGAUGGUUCAUCAGCACGUCUUCUUGCCCUAUUUCCCCAAAUUGCGCAAACUCAUUCAAGAAUCCUAUGACAUUUCCAUGGAAAUCAUCACCACCCGCUUUUGGCUUCCCGUCAAGGACUUGUUGACUGAACUCAUGUACCGUCCCAGUUCCUCACUGUUGACCGGCAUUACCAAGGCGGAUGAAGAAACAAGCUUGGACUACAUGCUUCGCGACCUAAAGUUUGGCGAUGGAACUCCAGCAACAAGACAUGAUGCCAUGAUCAAGGCUUCGCGGCAAUACGAAGACGAUAUGAACUCUGGGUUGAUCUUCAAUGCCAUGAGUGGUCGACUGAUUCGUUUGAUUUUGAUUCAAGUCCAACAGCUCAAGGUGGGAAUGCUAAAUGCCGCAGAAACUAUUGAUGUCUUGAUGCAAACGAAUCGCUUCAACAUUCAAUUGUUGGCCAUCAUCCCCGCAAUGGUCAUUGUCACGGUUGGGACCAAGGUAUUCUUUCGAUUUUUGUUUACGGUACGGGUCAAGGAUUUGCGGCCCAUGAAGUCGGUCCACGCGGAAAUGACGGGAUUUUUGGACGAUCUUGAGUCCAUAUUGUUGCAUGCUGGCGACAUAACUUGCAAGAGCAACAACGUUCCGGCCAAAGAAUUCUUGAAUGAUCAAGAUUUGGGAAACUUUGUACUGACGUUGUACAAUUACUUGGUUCUUUUGGACUAUUCGUCACCUCAGCCCUUUCCCAGUUGGCAGUGUGAUGCUAUUCAUCGGGCUAUUUCUGGUUUCUUGGGACCAGAUGGUACUCUUUCGAACAAGUGUUUGGAUGAUCAAGUGAAAUUGAUUGAUCAAAUCAAGAGAAAACACAAUGAACUGGCAAAACAUCUAUAA